AUGGUGACAACGAUAAAUCAGAAACACCACUGGGCUCGGAUGUCACCAGCACUCUAUGCCACUCCCGAGCCAACACCGCUUCCGGAUUCUCCAACUUCAUUCCCUCCGUCUCCUUACAUCAUCAAUCACAAACGACGUGGGCCACGCCUUCUCAAGAGUUUCUCUGAAGUUGGUGUUGCUACUUGCAAACAAGCUGUAGAUGAAAGGGAUGUAAGUGAGAAUGUAAAUAAUCCUGAAAAGGAGGUUGCUGACAAGACCAAUGAUGUUACUUUUACUGUUGCUGUUCCUAGUCCUGUUGAGGAGGAGCAUGUGAAUGGUAGUUAUGAUGGGGUACUUGGAAGAAGUGAUUUGGCAUUGACGAGUGCCAAGAGCAACACAGAGGCUGAGAGUAAUAAUGGGGUGGGAGUGGAACAGUCUUUAAAUCUUACGCCACCAAUUCCGGAGUUUUUUGAUGCUUGGGAAGAAUUGUCUUCUGAGAAUGGGCCGCAGGCUUCCCUGCCUGAUGUUGAAGAGGAAUUGCGGGAAAUAAGAUUGAGUUUAGUGCUGGAGAUAGAGAAGCGGAAGCAAGCAGAAGAAACCUUGAAAUAUAUGCAAAGCCGGUGGCUUAGGAUUCGGGAACAGUUGUCUCUUGUAGGGUUGACACUUGCAGAUCCCAUUGAUGUAGUGGAGAAUGAAAAACUGCAGGUUGAUCCCGCAGAAGAUCUGUCCCAACAAGUUCAUAUUGCCCGGUUUGUCUCAAAUAUCAUUGGGAGAGGAACCGCAAGAUAUGUUGGGCUUGAAAGAUACUGGAAUAUCGUUAGACAACUCCCAAAAUUCUUGGAUAGAUGUCCAAACCAAAGCUCUUUACUACAAAAGCAGAAGUUAACUGAGAUAAGGCUGCAACACGGGUGGGUUGGAUCAGGUGGGUGUCAGUCUUGGACUCUUGGCUCAACCCGAGAACUAACCCUGCUCAUCCAAGCUCUGUACAGUCCAACCCUCAGCUUGAGCUACUACGUCUGGCUGGGCACAAAAAUCAGCACUAGGUUUUGCUUCGAGGAUUCUGGAGAAUGGAUUGUGGCAAUGGAAUUGGAAGAAAAUGAGUCUCUAGAUGACACGGCAUCUGAGGCAACAAAGGAAGAAAAGGCAUUGGUGGGUGUGGGGUUCUGUUUCUGCUGCUAUUACACUUGGCACGGCUACCUUAGCAUGAUUACUUAUAUGGGAGAUAUCAGAUACGGUAAUGGUGGCAAAUGGCAAUGGACCUGGCUGGCUGCCAUUGUUUCUCUUCAUAAUACUGCUAGGUUUCAGGUGUCACGUCCUGGAAGAGACUUGGUGAAGAAAAGAUGUUUGCAACGUAGAGGUUUAUGGAGUACUCAUCCCACUGCUUGCUUGCGGGAAGUAGUUUCUGAUGCUUCUGAUUCUUCACCUCUCCGAUCAAUCAGGCAUUUAUGGAGUACUGUUUGGUCUUGUUGCUGA